UAUGUUAAAUUUCAGUUGUUUGUAAAAAGUGUUUUAAAUCGAAUUACUGUUAUUACUGUAACUCUAGUACAUUACAUUGUAGAAAUGGAUGAAGCAAUCUUUUUCUUAGUAGACUGUCAUUUUAAAUAUCAAAAUGACAUGAAUAACUGUUGAAGUACUGCUAGUUGUUUCAAGCAUGCAGGUGUUAUGAUUAUGGUACCCAUUUUUUCCUGCUCCUUUUAUUUUUAUGACAGUGCUAGUCUGCCAUGUCUCUGGUGGCUGGUAAAAAUGAAGCACCACCAUCAGUCAGGGACACAAAAUGAGCUCGGAUGUUUUUCCCCAGUCUACACUUCUCAUGAAUCAGCCCCAGUUGGUCAACAAGACUAAUGGUUUAUGAAAAUACUUCCUUUUUAUUCUUCCCAUUUUUUAAACCUCUGAAUACUGGCUGUGUGUCACUGUCCAACGCGAGUCUGUGAGCGUAUGCGUAUGGUCUUUUCCACCAUUCUUGGACUUAUGCAGGAAUUCACUGGCGUGUGGGUGAGGGAUCCUCGCAUCCAGAAAGAGGAUUUCUGGCAUGCCUAUAUGGAUUAUGAAAUCUGUAUACAUACAAACAGUUUGGCCUUCACUAAGAAGAGUUCCUGUGUGCGGCGGAGAUACAGUGAAUUUGUUUGGCUAAGAAAAAAGCUACAGGAAAAUGCCAUGCUCGUAACACAUCUACCUAAGCUUCCUCCAAAAAACCCGUUCUUCAGUCUCAACAAUGCCAGAGAGAUUGGAGCCCGGAUGGAAGGGCUCAGGAAAUUUCUAGAAGAGGUGGUUCACAGCCCGGUGCUGCUUUCGGACAGUUGCUUACAUCUCUUCCUACAGUCCCAACUAAGUGUGAAAAAAAUCGAGGCCUGUGCUGAAGGCCGAAGUCGCUACACUGUGUCUGAGGCCAUUCACAGUUUUGGCUCAGGAAACAAACGCUUUGAAUCUCUGUCUGAAGAGAACAUGGAAGAAGAAGAAGAUAUGCACCGUGAAUCCGAGUGACUGAUUAUUUGCUAAUCAAAUGGAGCCAGCUUAUGCAAAAAAGACAUUGCUGAGGCAGAUAAUAUUCAACAUUGAAGUUUUCAGCCCAUGCUUGGAGAAGGAGAACGAAACAUGAAAAAGGUUACUGUCAUUGUUGAAAUAGUGUUGUUUUGUCUCGCACUGAUGAAUCUGUAUUGAUGAAGAUAACCUAAUAAAUUAUUUAAACCACA